AUGGUUAAAACAACAGAUGAUGCACGUUCACGUUCAGUUACAAACGAUAAAUUAUUAAGUGGUAUUCAUAAACCAAUAACGCGAUCAUCUAGUCGACGACAAGGCGUGAUUACCAGUGCCAGGAUAGAAGCACGUUCGAGUUCAACAGAUCAAUUCAGUAAAAAAGCCUUAUCAAGAAAACAAUUAUCAAACAAGCAGUCGCAAAUAGCAAAAACAAACACAUUUGUCGCAGCAACAGAUUUAAGUGAUCAGGAUGAACCAGUGUCGAAAAUGGAUGAUGGCAGUGAUGUAUUACUAGUGAAGAAAUAA